AUUAGCUUUUGAAAUCUAUUUAUUUUUUUAAAUAUGCUGCCAAUAACUAUGUCUACUCAUUUUUUACUCAUAAGCUUUUCAAGAAUACAUUGUUUUAAAGUUGCAGAUGACUUUCAUCGACUUCUGGUUUCUAAUCACACUUUGUAAUAAAGCCAAACAGUAAAAAAAAUGUUCAUCUCCAGAGUUUUAUUCAUACCAUGGCUUUAACGCAGCUCAUGGACAAGUUUUUAUUUCUUAAAAUGUUUUGUGUGAGCUACAUGCUUGCGCAUCAAUUUUAAGGUAGAUUACAGGCGUAAAAAAACGAUGUAGCAGUGAAGAGUCACAAAACUCAAUAGUUAUGUUAUUUAUUAUUUAUUCCCUUCUUGUGAAUUGUCAAACAUGUUUGGAGUGGAAAAGGUCUUUUGAGAGUUCAAAAAAGAAAAAUUAGAUGUACAUCAAGUGAAGCCAAUGGAAUGUAAACUAUCAAACUAAGAGACAAAGUUGGGCUUUGUAAAAAGCAAGUUGACAUUUUAAUAACUGACGGGGCACAUAACCUACUUUAGAUGGUACCUGUCUAAUAAGCAGAAGGCCAAGUAUGACAGUUACAGUGUGAGAAAAUAACGACAUGAGGGUGCAGUGCCGCAGAACUUGAUUAUAAAUACUAAAGCAGGGUGAUGAUGUCAGGUGGUGGUCAAAGCAGCCUGGGCAGAGUAGUUGCAUCCUGAAAUGCAUGGUGGGUGUUUUAUAGGCUAAUUCCAGUAUUUUUUUAGACUCACAAUAUGUACAGUUCAUGUUUGACUAAUUGUCAGCUAACAAAAUUAAUACAUAAAGCCUCAAUAUUCCCCCUCCACAAUUGUAUUCGUAUGUAGAAAGACGUUCAUGUAGGGGAAUCUGAAAAGAGACAGUUAAUCCUCUUAAAUACUUUAUUGUGACUAGAUAUGUGUCCUUACAGGGUGGAAUCGAUGACAAUAACAUGGUCUGGAUGAAAUGAGAGCAUGGAUUAGCAAUGGAUGUACUGCCACAGGAAGAGAGGCGGCUGUGGGCGGGGAUAGUCAGCGGUGCUCUCUGAUUGGCUAUCCGGACCACCCCCGCAAUAAUUGUACUACCGGGGCCGAAACUGUUGAACACAUCCUCGCACAACGUCGUCAGUGAAAAGCAGCUAUAUCGACGGUAUCAGAGCCCCCACGUGUUUUUGACUGACCGCUGUUUACUAGUGCGCUGACUCUCAUGGCGAAGAGACGUCCCGACGACACUCUGCUGCACGGCUCUCCCUCCAAAAGAUGUCACCUCUCUCUGAGCAGCGUUGACCUGCCGCCGGAGAGCAUGGCUCCGACCGGGGGUGUGAGCCCGCCGUCCCUCCUGGCUUUGAUGGGCAGCCGCUGCAGAAAGAGGCCGCACCACUUUGAAGACCCAGAGAAACAAGAAGAAGCGGCCCUUCAUCGCAAGCCCGCAUGCUGCGACACAAGGAAGCAUGCAGCUACUCUUUUGGCCCUGCAGACUUCUGGAGGUUUCCAGGACCGUCGCAGCUCCAGCACGCUCACGGGCUCCAAGAAACGACCUCGAGAUGACUGCACGGGUUUGGAGACUGUUGCUCCUAAAGCUAAUGAUAAAGCCGGUGAAGACAACAGCACUGAAGACUGCACAUACAACACCUUCCAGUACUGGAGGGCCCCCUUACCUGAACUGAACCUCUCCCUGCUGGAAGAUGCGAACCAUUCCCAAAGUAAAGACCGACCUAAAGUCAAAGACUCCUCUUCUGAUGCCAUGGAGACCUGAAGAUUACAGGUGCAAGCAACGUCUCAAACGUGAUGAUGAAAAUGUGAUGCUUUUCUGCCGAUGGAAACGUUGAAAAGCACCUUACGGUUGCUUGAAAUGUAUCCAGGAGAGAUGCAACAACCUGAUGUCGACUGCCCUAGUAGCCCUGUCGGUGAACCUUCGUGUGACUUCGGUGAAGCAGCACUGAAAUCUGCACCGCAGCAAACUGCUCUUACAUCGGUGACCAAAAGUGUGGUGACAUUUUAGUAAACCUCAAGUCAGACAGUCUGGUGUACAAUUGUGACUAAUACAUUUUUCUUUUGUGUUAAAUCUUUACCUUGCAAACCUAGUAUUAUAUUAAUCUAUAAUGUUAAUAUGAUUAGUUAUGAAAAGCAGGGUACAGUUUAUGUCAUAAUCACUCUAUAAUAUCUUAAUGUGAUUUGUGUUACUGGUUCAGAAAUUGUUCAUAGAUUUUUUGACUGUUAUAUAUGUUGGAUACAUUAGAUAAAACACUUUAUUAGACUUUAGUGUAGGCUGUAUUAGCUCUUUUAUUACAUGUUACUGGUACACCUUUGUGCUAAUCAGAGCUGAUUGUAACAACCCUUUUUUGUACUGACAAUAGAACAGUUUUCUCUA